UCGUCACUGGCAUUGGCCGUGAGUGAGUGUCGAACUCGGGUUUUGCCGGGUUCGUAGCGCAGUGCACUCACCAAUGGCUUGGCACAUUUGAGCCAAGCCAGCGUGGAGCAUUCACAGGAUGGGCGGAUUUCCACUGGCGCAAUGUGCUGAGCGGAACCGUGACCAAAACUGUGACACACUGCUGGCCUCACAAGACAUAUGAAUGUACCUCGAGGGCCAUUCAUGACAACAACAAAAACUAAAGCUGAAAAACGAUGGAAUUUACAGUGAUUGAAAACAUUCUUACCGAGGCCUUACAGUAUGUCGCUUUUCAUGAUCAACUGCAGCUUUGCGAAAACACUCCAUACCUGCGCGCUCACCUGCCUAUUUGUUUCAUCAGGUGAUACAUUCUUAAAAAAUAAAGGUAAGGAACCAGUGUUCAGAUCUGAUUCGUAUUUUUUCCCCUCUUCCCCAUCAGCAGAACCUGAACGUCCGUAAGUUGGCCACCCCGCGUUUCGUCGCCAAAUCCGGCUCGUUUUUCUGCGGGAGACAGCAGCAGAGAUUCCUGAUCAUCGACUGCGAGCACGUGGUCACUGGGACUUACGGGUACACGUGGAUGGACGGUCACGUGAAUGCACACAUGAUCACAAUUUUCUCAGGCCAAGUGGUCGUCGAGUUUGAGGAGCAUUUCCAGGAGCUGUACGCCCACUCGCUGCCCUUGGAGCGAGACAUCGUGGCCUCCAGCGAGACCCCACAGCCCGAGCGAGUGCCACCAAAGCUGCAGAAACAGCGGUGUCACCUGCAGGAUCAGAAACAGAGUCAGCAGCCGCAGCAGCAGCAGCCAAAAGAGCAGCAGCUACAGCCGCAGCAACAGCAGCCACAGCAACAAGAGAUCCAACAACAUCUUCCACGGCGCUGCUGUGAGCUGAAGCCAAAUGUAGGCCCUGAGAGAAGCCACCUCAACAUAGACCACCGACACAACAACGGCCGUCACGUCCAGCAGCCCCUCUGUGUACCCGGUAACAUAUACGAGCUGGAGGAAGUCUUGGAUGGCUGCCUUCUCUCGGGCGUUUGUCCUCCGACGGGGCAGUGCAUGAGCCGCUUCCAGAGAGGCCCAAUUCCCACCGACCAGCGUGAUGUUCAUCAGGACCUUCAAUGCCAACAACAUCACCACCACCGCAACCACCACAACCUCCUCCACCUCCUCGACUGCCCUCAAAGCCACGGUGCACAGAUCCACAAGCGAGCUCAUCAACUGCAGGAUGGUCUCCAGGAGUUGGAGCUGGGUGGUGUCCCGCGGAGCAGAAGGUGUCCCCAAGGACGGGCUCCGUUGGAUCAGUGCUGUGGUGGUUUUUGCCGAGGAGUCCCAGCGAGACCGGAAGUGGUGUGUGUGAGGUGGCGUGGUGGUGGUGGUGGUGGUGAUGGGAGUCUGUCUGCUGGUAGCAAUGAUGAGUCUGUCUACGAGGGCCUUUGGGACUCAGGAUUUGAUGACUAACUAGUGCUACUCUCCCAGAUCAUCAUCGUGAUCUUGAUGGUGAUAGUAUGGCUAAUGCACCUGAUUAAGCAGGAUCAUUUAGCUGUAACCGUGGGAUAUAACAUGUUGUCCAGCGAACUCCUGCGAUGAAUACAGUAUAGGAUCGCAUAGAAUUAGCAUGUAUCUAAUGCUUGCAUGCAAUCGCAUCUCAGAGUGCUUUAAAAUCUGCAGAGAAUAAAACAUAUCAGCAGGGCCCUGGUGAGGAAAAUAUGAGACAAACUUUAACAGCUAAGAUUUUACCACUUCACUCCCAUAGAAAAAUAGAGCAAUACAAAACAAGCCUCAUCCCAUCUGAUACUAAUCCUUGUUUGAUUAAAAAAAAAGUACAUUUCUAAUGAUGUCUCAUCAGAUAGAGAACAAUUGUUUUCUAAUAUUAAACCUUCGUCUCAUCCAAUAUAAAAACCCUCGCCUAAUUCCGACAGAGGACCCUUGUUUCAUCUGACACAGAUCCCUUGUCUUGUCCAGCACAGACACCUCAACUCAUCUCAUCUGACACAGAUCCCUUGUCUUGUCCAGCACAGACACCUCAAGUCAUCUCAUCUGAUACAGAUCCCUUGUCUUGUCCAGCACAGACACCUCAACUCAUCUCAUCUGACACAGAUCCCUUGUCUUGUCCAGCACAGACACCUCAAGUCAUCUCAUCUGAUACAGAUCCCUUGUCUUGUCCAGCACAGACACCUCAACUCAUCUCAUCUGAUACAGAUCCCUUGUCUUGUCCAGCACAGACACCUCAACUCAUCUCAUCUGAUACAGAUCCCUUGUCUUGUCCAGCACAGACACCUCAACUCAACUCAUCUGAUACAGAACCCGCACCCCACGCAGAACCCUCAGCCAUCUUCACCUUAUCACAAGUCAAAAGUUAGUUUCUCCCCGCGGUGUUGAUCCAAUGGGUGAAAUUCCACAUUAUCAUAACGUGGCCCAGUUUUUAUAUUAGGACAAACCGCUUUUGACACAACAUAAUAAUGAAUCCCAAGAGCACAAACUUUGUAAAAUAAUCCUUCAAGCUGCACACUCCACUGUUAGGCUCAUUAUUACUAGAUAAAUCAGCAUAUACUGUACCUGUGUCUAAGGCCAAUGUUAAAAUGUAUGGACAGUAACGUCACUAGAACACUAUAAUGAUGGGCCAACAUUUUUUUUUUAUUCCUUGGCAUUUAACAACACUUCAUAAUAGUGAAGGGCAGCCGAGGUUAUGACCAACAAUCCGCAUAUACAUGACAUUAGAUCUAUAGCAGUUUUUUUCCGAGUUGUAGGAGAGGCUCACAGAGGAAAACAUAAUAUUUUGUGAACAUUCCGGCAAUAAAUGUGUUUCUACGUGUGUAUGAAGUUCUGUGGGGGAUGGGUUUUUUUUCGUUGGCUUCCGUAGUCUCUUACAUUUCAACAAUAAUCGAUUAUUAUAUUGCUGCUCUAAAUAGGAAUGUUGGUGGUAACCUCGUGACGCCGUCCACCACGAACCCUUCUACUGCUGUGCCCUCUGCCUGCUUCCACCUCCCCCACCACUACCCAAAGCAGCCUCACCCUGUGUCCAGUUAGCGGGAGGAGGAAGGGGCAGGGACUAAUCGUAAAGAUGCAGGGCCUAAAGAAGGGGCAGGGACUAAUAAGGAAGGGGAGGGGGGUCUAAGGAGGAGCGAGCCAUGGCCUAAAGAGGAAUGGCCGAGGUGCCUACAGAGGUUGAACUUUCCCUGUUGAUUUAAGGCGACAGAAGCGUCGAACCAAAUGCGUGCAGCAAACAGCGUAUAGUUCCGCAGUUGUGGCCACAAGCCAAUUAAGUUAGAUAUGCUGUGUGGCUGGUUGCGUAAUUUUUGGAAUGUACAAUAGCUUUAUAAGAUCUUAACUCAAUUUCGUGGACACACUUAAGCUAAUCAUGCUAAAUUGUGAUUAUACACCACUACUGCACUCAAUACCAAUACUAAUUCAGUAUCUCGAUACAGUGGACUGUAAAUCUUGAGGCAAAAUUCAGUUAUCUUAUGUAACAGUGACAACAUAUGCCACAUGUGGAAAUGCUUUCUUUGAACUAAUCAGCACGAACUGUUUGAAGCCACUUUUAAGAGAUUAAAUAAUUAAAAAUGUAAAAUAAACCAAUUACAGCACCUAAACACGUAUAAUUCAAUAGAAAGUACCUACAAUAGUUUAAUUACAGUCGCUUAAGUUGUGUGUGUUUUUUUAUAUUACCGGUAACCGCUUCAUAAGAACCGGUAAAAAAAAAAACCGCUUAGCAGUUGACCACACAUACAGAAAUUGUGUAGCGGUUGGCAGCACACUGGACUUGCAAAUCCAGAGGUGGUCGGUUCGAUUUGAACCUCCAGGCGCGAAAGUAAAACAAAGCAACGGAUCAACUUUCCACCAUCGCCUGGUCCAGCCCAGUCGUAUACAUUGGGUUACAACCACACUUAGACCAUCGGUUAGGUAGCUGUGGGGGUUACUCCCACGUCUUCCAAGUCGUAAAUUGGUCAGCGUGGAAGCGUAGGCCAAAUGCCCCUCGAUAGCUCCUUCUCGUGGGAGGCCCUUUCCGCCAGCGGUGGCUUGGAGCGAGCAGUUGCGGGGCUGCGCGCGCCUUUUCCGCCGUCAGAAACACGAGGGCAUUAGUCGCUACUUUCCCACUGGAAACGAGUACGGUUACCGGUUGCUUGACCUUCGAAACCGGUAACCGGUUUUUGCCGAUUGUCGUGUCGUUUAACAACCACGAAUCUUAAACCGAAAUGUCACGCACGUGUCGUGACGGUGACCCCCUCCCCGCACACACCGUGCGGUUUGUGGUGGUGUGGGGUGGGGGGAGGGGGUU